GGGGCUCAACUUUAACCAGGAAGUGCACGGCUGCGCUCCAUGUUUACACACGUUUCCACUUUCACGUGGAGAAUAUUUCCACUGUGAUAAUGUCUUCCAAGAAGAAUAAAAGCAAAUCGAAAAGAGCGAGUGACGCAGAUAAUUCACAGCUACAGAAGGAUGAGUCCUGCAACCUGCAAACAUCUGGACUGGAAGGAGGAAGCUGCAAAACUUCCAGCUGCAGCUCAUUCUCGGUUCUGGAUUUCAUAGAAAAAGCCGAUGAUAAAACACCCAAAAGCUGCAGAUGGAAUUUAGCCCAGCUCAGCCUCAAUUCUAUGAAGUUGGCCGGCGUUUGCAUCGGGAGACCGGUCCUGCUGACGAGUUCGUCGGGACACCAAGAGGUGUGUCUGGCUUGGCCCGUUGCUACGUUUCCAGGUGGAAAAGUCGGCCUUCAGAAAUGUGCUCAGAACAAUCUGAGGGUGAAGCCGGGGGAGGCGGUGACGCUGCACCCGGUGACGGGUCCCGUGGUCCAGAUGGAAGAGCUGGUUCUCUCCAGUCGGUCAAAAGAUGACACGCUUGAUGCAGAUGAAUUCAAGAACUUCUUUGUGAGGAGUCUGGCCGGAAGCAUAGUUCUGCCCCGUAACAUCGUCUCUGUAAGUUAUUUUGGCCGCUCCUGCAGUCUUCGGGUGGAAAGCAUAAGAGGAGAGGAUGGAUUAAUCCUCCAGAGAGCCUCUCCUCCUCUGGGAGCGACCGCUGACCUGGAGGACUCCUCUGUGUGGACCUCCACAUCAGCUGACCUCUCCUUGCAGCUCAGCAUGCUCACUGUUGACGACGACGGCGACGUGGCGCCAGGCACAGCCGGAGAGCCGGGUCCGGCAGCCAGCACCCCUCGCCGAGCGGCCGGCGUCCCCGCCGUCUCGUCCCCUGCCGCUCCCCUCACUCCUUCCUCCGCCUCACCGAAUCCCUCCACCGCCGAGUCGCCGGAAGACGUCGUGGCUUCAGACGGCGCCGGCGGCCCAGAGCAGCCCGACACGGCGUCCGCAGCUCCCCCUGCUGCUUUUAGUCGUAGUGACACGUUCUACUCUGUCGCGUGCUCCACCAAAGUCAGGUUCAGGACCAGAGGAGGGCUGACAGACUCUGAUGAAGAAGCCCCCGGGUCAAAAGUGACGUACAGCAUGAUCGGUGGUCUGAGCAGCCAGCUGGACGUCAUCAGAGAAACCAUCGAGCUCCCCCUGAAGCGACCCGAGCUGUUCUCCACCUACGGCAUCUCACCUCCCAGAGGGGUUCUCCUGUACGGACCACCAGGCACAGGGAAAACCAUGAUUGCACGAGCCAUAGCCAACGAGCUCGGCGCUCACAUGACGGUCAUCAACGGCCCCGAGAUCAUCAGCAAAUUUUACGGCGAGACAGAAGCCAGGUUGAGGCAAAUCUUCUCAGAGGCAUCUCAGCGGCAGCCGGCGAUCAUCUUCAUAGACGAGCUGGACGCUCUGUGCCCGAAGCGAGAAGGAGCUCAGAACGAGGUGGAGAAACGCGUGGUGGCUUCCCUCCUGACUCUGAUGGACGGCAUCGGUUCGGAGGGUCACUCAGGUCAGCUGUUGGUCCUGGGGGCCACCAACAGGCCCCAGGCUCUGGACCCCGCCCUGCGCAGGCCAGGACGCUUUGACAAGGAGCUGGAGGUGGGAGUCCCCGGCAGUGCCGAACGGGCCGACAUCCUGCAGAAGCUACUGAGCCCAGUGCCGUGCAGCGCCACCCCAGAGGAGCUGACGCAGCUGGCGGACGUUGCACACGGAUACGUCGGAGCGGACCUCGCCGCUGUUUGCAAAGAGGCAGGUCUGCAUGCACUGAAGCGAGCUCUGGCAGUUUCCCAGCAUGCAUCUGACCAGCAGCUGAUGGGCACGGUGACCGUCUCCCUGCAGGACCUCCAGUGGGCCAUGGCUGCUGUAAAGCCUAGUGCGAUGAGGGAGGUCGCUAUCGACGUGCCCAAGGUGCGCUGGUCAGAUGUCGGUGGGAUGGCAGAGGUGAAGCUGAAGCUGAAGCAGGCCGUGGAGUGGCCCCUGAGGCACCCCGAGGCCUUUACCCGCAUGGGGAUCCAGCCACCCAAAGGAGUCCUGCUCUAUGGGCCCCCCGGCUGCUCCAAAACCAUGAUAGCCAAGGCCCUGGCUAAUGAAAGUGGUCUCAACUUUCUGGCCAUUAAAGGUCCAGAAUUACUGAGCAAGUAUGUUGGGGAGUCUGAAAGAGCAGUUCGAGAGGUGUUUCGGAAGGCGAGGGCCGUCGCUCCCUCCAUCGUCUUCUUUGAUGAGAUCGACGCUCUCGCCAGCGAAAGAGGAAGCUCGGCGGCUUCCGGCGGCGUAGGCGACCGGGUCCUGGCUCAGCUCCUGACAGAGAUGGACGGCGUCGAGCAGCUCCGAGACGUCACCGUCCUGGCCGCCACCAACCGACCCGACAUGAUCGAUAAGGCUCUGAUGCGUCCAGGCCGCCUUGACCGGAUUGUCUAUGUUCCUCUUCCUGAUGCUGCGACCAGACGGGAGAUAUUUUCCCUGCAGUUCUGUAAGAUGCCCGUAGCAGAGAACGUUUCCCUCGAUGAGCUCGUGGCUCGGACCAACAAGUAUUCUGGGGCAGAAAUAACAGCAGUAUGCAGAGAGGCCGCCCUGCUGGCCCUGCAGGAGGACAUCAAAGCCGAGCACAUCCAGGCCAGGCACUUUGAAAGUGCCCUGAACACUGUGAAGCCCCGGAUCCCCGACUCGCUCAUCCAGUCCUACGCCAACUAUCAGCAGCAGCACAGCGGACUCUGCUUCUCCUGACAGCACCGCGCUGGACCCGCUAAGGCCGUAGAUCUUCAGCUGCAUGUUACAUUUUGAAUUUGUAUCCAAAUGUAUAGGCAGUGUCGUUGUUAUUUGUGCUGCAAAAUAAAUAUUUUGAGACUAU